AUGCGUGUCCUUCUUCUUGGUGCCACUGGCAACGUUGGAUCUAGACUCCUCCCGGCUCUGAAAGCUCAUGGCCACGAAGCAGUCCUCUUUGUCCGAAGCCCGGAAAAACUGUCAAGAGAAGCCAAAGCACACACAACAACAAUUGUCCAAGGCUCGGCGACCGACCGCGAUGCCAUCAAGACCGCCAUUCUCUCAAACGACUGUGAUGCAGUCGUCAAUGCAGCAGGUCUGGCACCAAUGCUCGGCCAAUCAGGAGACCUGCCUACAAUUUUCGCGGCUGUCAUGCAAGCUACCAUCGAAGCAGGCGAUCAACGAGGUAGACCGCUUCGAUGUUGGUUCAUGAGCGGAUUCGCAUCAAAGCUUGCAUGGUCUCUCUUCUGCGCGAACCGGAUGGAUCCUCGUUCAGAAGUGAUUGACUAUUCUGCGCGAGCUGGAACUGGGGCGGAAAAUCUUGUGGCGGGAACGGAUUUCCCGCCAGCUUGGUCGAAGACUUUACAGUGGGUGCCUCUUGUUGGCACUUAUCUGAACAUCCUCGCACAAAUGCAGAACUAUUUUACGUCGCUCGAAGAUGUGGCGGACUUCAUUGCCAAGGAUUUGCACGGCGGCAUGGAGAGCGUGCUUGUUGGCAAGAGAGUUGCUGUAAAGAUGAAGGCAAGGAGUGCGUGA